AUGAAGAGGGACAAGCUUGCCAUCAAAAGUGGGACUUUGAAGCCUGAUUUGAGCCCAGAUCUUCGGGUGUUAGGCCCGGGCCCUCUUUCUACCGCAAUCACGCCGGAGUACCUGCAGAGCGUCUGUGUCCGUCUCUUCAGUAACCAGAUGCGGCAGAGCCUGGCGCACAGUGUGGACUUCACCAGACCCGGCACGGCUGCGACCAUGUUGAGAGCCUCCCUGGUUCCUGUGAAAUUGAAGGAUGUCCCCUUGCUGCCCUCCCUGGACUACGGGAAGCUGAAGAAGGAUCUGAUUUGGGGCAGUGACCGCCUGAAAGCCUUUUUGCUGCAGGCUCUACGCUGGCGCUUGACCACGUCCCAUCCCGGAGAGCAGAGAGAGACCGUCCUGCAAGCCUACAUCAGUAACGACCUCUUGGACUGUCACAACAGCAGCCAGAGGAGCGUGCUCCAGCUGCUGCACGCACAGAGCGAGGCAGUGCGCCAGUACAUGGCCCGGCUCAUCAACGCGUUCGCCUCCCUCGCCGAAGGCCGCCUUUACCUCACCCAGAACACGAAGGUGCUGCGGAUGCUGGAGGAGCGGCUGAAGGCAGAGCACAAGGACGUCGUCACCCGGGAGAACAUCCUGGGGGCCUUGCAGAAGUUCAGUCUCAGGCGUCCACUGCAGACAGCGAUGAUUGGAGACGGCCUGGUCCUCUGGCUGGUGGACACGCUCAAAGACCCCGACGGCUUGUCUGACUACACUCUGGCGUACUCGGUGGCCCUGCUCAUGAACCUCUGCCUGCGCAGCGCAGGGAAGAAGAUGUGUGCCAGAGUGCCCGGCCUCGUGCUGAAAGUGCUCUCCGAUCUGCUUGGCCAUGAGAACCAUGAGAUACAGCCGUACGUGAAUGGAGCUCUGUACAGCAUCCUUUCGAUCCCUUCUAUCCGGGAGGAGGCCAAGGCCAUGGGCAUGGAAGACAUUCUGCGCUGCUUCAUCAAAGAAGGCAACGCGGAAACGAUUCGCCAGAUAGAAUUCAUCAUCAGGCAGCUCAACACCGGGACCCUUGGAUUUGAGCAUGGGAAGAGGUGA